AUGCCUGCAGGUGGCCGUUUGCUGCGCCGUAUGCUGCUCCCUGGAGCAAUCGCGACCACCGGAGCCGUCCUCGCCUACAGCUAUCGCCCUCGAAACAUCCCUGGCCACUCGUCCGCCGCCGUGCCGCCGCCGACGUAUGCCCCCGAUGGCUCCUUCACGAUGCCACGAUUCCCGCGCGUCAAGUCCCGCCAGGAGCAGCUCGACGCCCUGCGCCUGAGCGGCAGCGGCUCCCCCGACGACGAAUAUGACAUGCUCGUGAUUGGCGGCGGCGCGACCGGCGCGGGGGUCGCCCUCGAUGCCGUAACUCGUGGCCUCCGCGUCGCCGUCGUGGAACGCGACGACUUCAGCAGUGGGACCAGCAGCAAGAGCACGAAACUGGUCCAUGGCGGCGUGCGGUACCUGGAAAAGGCCGUGUGGAACCUCGACUACAAUCAAUACAAACUUGUUCGUGAAGCUCUUACCGAGCGAAAGUACUUUCUACAAACUGCGCCUCAUCUUUCCAUGUGGCUGCCAAUCAUGCUGCCGCUGGAUAAAUGGUGGAAGGCACCCUACUACUGGGCUGGAACCAAGUUUUACGACAUCCUUGCCGGGAGCGAAGGCAUCGAGAGCUCCUACUUCCUUACCCGCAGCAAGGCCCUUGAGGCUUUCCCGAUGCUAAAGCAGACGGACCUCGUUGGUGCUCUAGUAUACUACGACGGAGCCCACAACGACUCCCGUAUGAACGUAUCCAUCGCCAUGACGGCCGCCCUCUAUGGCGCCACGGUCGCAAACCACACCGAGGUCACCAGCCUCUUAAAGGAUGACAGUGGCCGCCUCUGCGGCGCCAAGAUCCGGGACAAUAUUGCUGUUCGCGACGGCAAACCCGCCGAGGACUUUUCCGUGCGCGCAAAGUGCAUCGUCAAUUGUACCGGACCCUUUACGGACGCUAUUCGCAAAAUGGACGACAAAAACUGCAAGGACAUUGUCGCACCGUCCUCGGGCGUUCAUGUCAUCCUGCCGGGCUACUAUAGUCCGGGUAAGAUGGGUCUGUUGGAUCCAUCCACCUCUGACGGUCGGGUCAUCUUCUUCCUCCCUUGGCAGGGCAACACCAUUGCGGGCACCACAGACUCGCCUUGUGCAAUCACCCCCAACCCUGUCCCGGACGAGGAGUCCAUCAAAUGGAUCCUUGAUGAAAUCCGAGGCUACCUCUCCCCCGAAAUCCGUGUCCGCCGAGGCGACGUCUUGGCUGCCUGGUCAGGCAUCCGACCGCUUGUCAAGGACCCCAAGGCCAAGAACACCGAGUCUCUCGUGCGCAACCACCUUACAGACGUCUCGCAAUCCGGCUUGUUGACCUGCGCUGGCGGUAAAUGGACGACGUACCGCCAGAUGGCCGAAGACUGCGUUGAUGUCGCUGUCGGGGAGUUUAGCCUCCAGACCAAGGCAGUCGACAAUGCCCCGCGAGUUAGUGGGACCAACCACAUAGACGAUGGUGCCAUCCUAGAUGGCAAGUGCCAAACCCAUAACGUGAGGUUGAUCGGUGCACACGGCUUCAGCAGGACGCUCUUCAUCCCCUUGAUCCAGCACUUUGGUGUUGAGACGGAGGUUGCCAAGCAUCUCACUGAGAGCUACGGAGAUCGCGCCUGGUCUGUCGCGGCACUCUGCAAGCAGACAAACCAGCGCUUCCCGGCCCGUGGCGAGCGCAUCUCCCAGCUCUACCCCUUUGUAGACGGCGAGGUGCGAUAUGCUUGCCGUCACGAGUAUGCGCAGACGCCUGUGGACAUCCUGGCGAGACGCACGCGCCUGGCCUUUCUCAGCGCUCAAGCAGCCCUGGAGGCUCUUCCUCGAGUUAUCGAUAUUAUGGCAGAGGAACUAAAGUGGGAUCGCCGCAGACAAGAAAAGGAAUGGAAGGACACCGUCGACUUCCUCAAGUACAUGGGUCUCCCCCAGCCGAUGUUGUCGGCCACGCGCAAGCAGGUUGAGCAGGGCAAGCUCGACUUUGCCAACUCUCUCGAGUGGAACAUGUACUCGCGACACGACAAGCCCCAGGAGAACUGA